UUAAUUUUUGGCCCGGUCAAGACGCGACCGUGAUUAAAUUGUUAAAAAAACAAGGCUAUCAAUUACUAGGAAAAACGGCUUUGGACGAUGGGGGGGGGUCCUCGUCCGGUUCGGCGGUAGUAGUCGCCAAAAAAACUGUCCCUUUUGCCUUGGGACAUGAUACUGGCGACUCGGUGCGACGACCAGCGGCUUAUUGCGGAAUAGUGGGAUUUAAACCAUCUUACGGGUUGAUUUCCCGUUAUGGGGUUAUUCCCAUGGCUUCUUCCCUCGACACGAUUGGUAUUCUAGCCAAUAAGGUAAGCACCGCCCAAGAAAUUUUUGCGAUUUUGGCUCAACCAGACCCUCACGACUUAAUAACUAGCACGAGGAAAAAAAAAUUUUUCCGGCACGUUGACCGGCCAAAAAUUGCCACCAUUAACGGGCUAGAAAAAUUUUUGCCCUCCGAAUUAAAUAAAUUAUACGAACAGGUGCAAAAAAAACUGGAAAAAUUGGGUUAUAGUAUUACCAAAAUAAAUAUUCCUCCCCGCCUCCGGGAUAACUUACAACUUACUUACUUAAUCUUAUGUUCAACAGAAUUAGUUAGUCACCUCAACUCUCUCCAAGGAAUAACUUACGGACGUUCUGAGAAGCUUGGUAUUACCCAAAAAAGAAGUAAAUAUUUAGGACCAAUAGUUAAAGAGCGCACUAAUAGUCCUGCCCCUCGGAUUGCGGAUUUCGACCACUCUUUAGCCGGACUAAUAUCUUCCCAUUGGAGCGAUAAUUUAUUGCUCCUAGGCAAUUUAGCCGGCUUGCCCUCGCUAAGUUUGCCUUUGGGGACCAUCGACGGAUUACCAGUUAGCAUUAAUCUCAACAGCGCUUACGGCCAAGACGAUUGGGGAAAAACCUUGGUAAUUGUUGGAAUAAUAGGGGUUAUAAUUAUUGUAGGAGUGGCUAUAAAACUUAGGCAAAGGAUUAAAACGGACAGAGUAAUUACUGAGGAGUGGCUUGGUCCAAAAAGAUUAGAGUUACAAAAGUAUUUCGUGUUUAAUUUGGGAAAGGAAAUAAAGCAGGGGGGAGUGAUGAUUAGUAUUGGGGAAUGUUGCACUGAUGGCGGUCCUUUUAUUCGAAGCAUGAUGCCUUCUCUAACUACUGAUUUAACGACGAUUUUGGGGAAAGAAAAGAAUUUCAUUUUUUUUGCUGGGCCAAACAAAUACGAGCCUGACUUUGUAGAGUGGGCCGCUGGCAACUUGGACGAGAAAAUAAAAAAUGGCCAAGAAACUUACCUCAUUUUUGACAAAACCAAAAUUAAUGAUGACAAUU